AUGUUAAGUAAUAUGUUACAUUACUGAACUGUAUACGAUCGAUUUUGUUCUAUUACUGUUAUAACUUCAAUGUCUAAGAUUAGAUUGUGUAUUUAUAUAAUUAAACACUACCAUACCAAACAACUGACAAUCAAUGCAAGUCUCGAAAGAAACAUUAGACACAACUUAAUAUUUACAUUUCUGCAUUAGUAAAUAAUAAAAUUCGCAUUAUAAUUUCUCGCGAUUGCUUAUUUGCAUGUUUUCUUGGAUAAACUAUAGUUAGCGUGUUACACAAUACCGAUUUAUCGGAUCGAAUAGUUUCUCCAGCUUAGAGUGUGAAGCUAUGAAUGAGAUUUCCAGGAAAAGUUGCAGAAUAAGAUCUAUUGCUCAGCAGUAAACAACUACACCAGGAAAACAUCAACAAAAAUGUGUGCUCGAUCAAGAUCAUGUACAUAUAAGCAAUAAUCGUUUCGCGGUCAUCAUUCAACCAAGAGUCUCUUCGAGAGAUAAGAUAUUAACCUCCUCCGCUCGUUUCAUUUAGAAUUCUGUUCUAAACAACAUGAAGCUUUUCGUUGUUUCCUGCAUGUUUGUUACCAUCGCUUGUACAUCUGUCUCGAGUGCUCCGCCACUAGUCUAUAAUGGAACAAUUCACGAAUUCAAGCUUAAGGAGGGUUCCGUUGACGACCGCUACGAUCGUUACGAGGUCUACGAAACGGAAGACGUGGAAGCUGAAACUGCGCCACCGAUUCGACAUCGGAGGGUAACGUGCGAUGUAUUGUCAUUUGCAACGUUAUGGAUCACCGUGAACGACGCUGCCUGCGCAACUAGAUGCUUGACUCAAGGACGCAAAGGUGGCAGAUGCCAGGAUGGCGUUUGCGUUUGCCGAUAAUUAACCCUUUGUACUCGAGAGGUGACUCUCAGUCAUCACUAGGUUUUCUUUAGCUUUAAUUUCAUUGGAACUCGAAGUGCCAAUAAAAUGAUUGUCGUUGAGACAAAGGUGACCUGAUUCUCAACUCUCAAAUUAGAGAUCUCUUUUUCGAAGUCAAUAUAAUCUUAAGAUUCGUGGCAAUAGAAUGCUAAGAAAGCAUCUCGAGUUGCUGGUAGAUACCAGAAAGAAAGGCCUCGAGUGCAAAGGGUUAAAUUUCUUAUCGAUAUCUGCAAUGGCUCACUUACGACUUAAUCAUGGUCAUCUGUAUUCGAUAUUCUGUAUUUAUUAAUUCCGUGCUAACUUGUUACGAUCCUGUCACUUUUUAUUUAGAAACAGUGCGCGUUUCACGUCUAAAGAAUCCAUUGUUGUUUUUGAGUUAUAAUAUUGUAAUUUAAUAAAUGAGAUUUUAUUUAUACCUACACGUGGUGUUUUUAAUAUUAUCAUCGAAGUAAAUUACAUAUGAUAGUUUGUCGUUGUGUGACUUACUGUAAUAGUAUUGUUUAUUUAAUGUAAUAAUGUAAUAGAAAACUGUGGGAAGGUGGAAUA